AUGCCGAUUAAAUACUUCUAUACAAGUCAGUACCAGGAUCCCUGGCAGUACGUCGAUGACAUCUGGCUGAUGUUCAACAACGCCUGGCUGUACAAUCGGAAAACAUCCAGAGUCUACAAGUACUGCUCCAAGCUGGCGGAAGUGUUCGAGCAGGAGAUCGACCCUGUGAUGCAGAGCCUCGGAUACUGCUGUGGGAGGAAGCUGGAGUUUUCUCCUCAGACGUUGUGCUGCUACGGAAAGCAGCUCUGCACUAUUCCCAGAGACGCCGUUUACUUCAGCUAUCAGAACAGGUAUGAGGGGUUAUUAAGGAAUGGGCGGGUUUAA